CUGUCAUCCUGGACCUGUCAUCCUAACUUUUCCUCUUCCUAGAAGAUAUUCCUCAUUUAUGUAUUUCAUUUCUAUCAUGUCCUUCUCAUAGAAGAGAAUUGCCACUCUGAAAGGUGCCUCUGCUAGCAGGGGCUAUUCUAGUCAUGCAGUUCUAUGAGUCAUCACAUAAAUGAGUGGGAAGACCAAAUGUGUCAUUACACCAAAACCUUUUUCAUUUUUGUGGUUUGACACUUAUGCAAGUUGUUUAGAUGCAAAUAAGCAUGCAGAGCAGAGAUGAGAUAAGUACUUGUAUAAAAUGAUGAUACUGCUCCAUAGCAGGUUACUCUAGCUUCCUAAAUACAGCAGACUAGUCUUUUUGUUAUAGCCAUUGUUGGAUCGUGCUCUAAGCUGGUGGUGGGAAGAUGUCAGGCUUGUGGGAUCUACUUUGUUUUGUGCGUGUUACAAGAAUCCUGUGGUCCAGAAUACAGGAGAACACAAUGAAGGGGUCUACACUGCCUGGUGAGAAACAGUUCCUGCUUGGAUAAAAGUUGGCUUUUUUUUGCAAAGUGGACUCCCUCAGCCCCAAGUUUCCUUGAUGUCAGUAUUGCCACGUUCUUUGAUGGGGAGGAACUGCGCCCUGUACUGAAGAUAACAUGGAUGGCGGCUACUGAUGCAAGCAUUCAGUACCUCAGAGGGGUGCAAUUGGCUGUUCUGCAGAUAAACAAUAAUCGGCAAGUCUGUGCUCAUUUCGACUUUCAGAACAACCUGACGUUCCAAGUCCGCCCAGAUGGUGGAGGCCGGUGGAAUUUCUCCUUUGACCGCUUUGAGGUACAGCCACGUCAGAGCUACCAAGUAACUGUCCAUCACCUUCCCAAAUUAAGUACUUCUGGAGACCAUAACCGCCUAUCAAAGUCAAUCACUGUGCCAGGCUGCACAGAUCCUAUCAUGAAAACAACAGCACCCUGUGUCCAGAGAGGUAGUCUGUGGGAGCCCAGCAUUCAUGGGACAAGACUAGAUGAUGAAUCUCUGUUGUUGAGCUUCAACCCAGCAAUGGACUUAGCCAAUUACUCAGUCCAUGUGACCAGUUUUCAAGAAAAUGGAGAGACAUGUAAGAAGGCCAGAAAGGAGAUCUUUGAGGAGAGACUACAGCAGCGGCUGAAUGUUACAGUCAAAAUCGAGAGAAACUUGAAGAGCUGUUGCAAUUUUGAAGUGCAGAUUCAGCCACAUUUUGCAACUUGUAAAACUGAUUGUGAGAGGCAUCCGAUUUUCAUUCCAUGUCCCCUGACUGUCUCAAGUGACCGCAGCCUGCCCACACCAACUGACUUCGAACCUGGCGUUCUUUCAGUGUGGUUACCCUGGAGCCUCACUCUCAUCAUCAUCUUACUAGUUGGCUCAGUUGCCUCUUGGGUUAUAUGCUGCAUUCGAAAGCAUAAAGUAUCGGUUUCUGAAAUGAGCAAGAUUGAUGGUGCAUUUCAUGAUCCGACUCUGUCCCAGCCUGUCCCAGCCCUGAAGCCUUGUAAGGUUUGGAUUGUAUAUUCUGCUGAUCACAAGCUCUAUGUAGAUGUUGUAAUGAAGUUAGCUCAAUUCAUGAUCACCGUCUGCGGCACUGAGGUAGUACUAGACCUGCUGGAGGAGCGUCAGAUAUCCGAGAUGGGGGCUGUACGCUGGCUUACUCGGCAGAAACAGGAAAUUGAAGCACUUUCGUCAAAGAUCAUCAUCUUGUGUUCUCAGGGUACUCGAGCCAAAUGGCAGGCCAUGCUCGGGCAUGAAGAAGCAAAGGUCUCUCUCAAGCAAGAUAACCUGCAGCCAGUUGGGGACAUGUUCACCCCUGCUUUGAAUCUUAUCUUGCCAGACUUUAAACAGCCAGCUUGCUUUGGCAUGUACCUCGUGUGCUAUUUUGAGGGCAUUAGCAAUGAGAGAGACAUUCCAGACCCAUUCAACGUUGCCUCCAAGUACCAGCUAAUGAACAGAUUUGAAGAAGUUUACUUUCUGAUUCAGGAUCUGGAGAAGUUUGAACCAGGGCGGAUCCAUCAGAUUCCAGAGAUCUCAGCUGAAAAGUACGCCGAAGGCUCAAUUGGCAGAGAACUGAAGGAAGCAAUGCAGAAGUGUCAGAAAUGGCAGGCUGAGAACCCUGAUUGGUUUAAAAGAGAGAAUGACUACUUGGAGGAUGACUUGCAGUCUCUUAAUGAAGAGCUUUCUGAGAAAUUAACACUGGUUGAGGGGAGGAUUCUGAAGCAGCAACUGCUCCCUCAGGAACCUGACCUCAGUAGCUGUUGUCUGGUCAAUCUCUGCAUCAAUAAGGAUGAAUCGAGAGCCUGUAGGCUGCUUCCCCAGCUUCCACCUCAAGAGGAUCUAGCAUUCCAGACCCUGGUCAUUCCUGCUGAUGAGUCCUCUCAGGUACAGGUGAUAGAACCUGUAGCCUUUGCAGAAGAGAGUGAGAUAUUCAGUCAUCAGUUGUUGACGAAUGAAGACUGGGUGGAACAAAUCCCCAUGAUAGAGCCUAGCAUCCCAAAGAGAAACAGUGUUAUCCUUCAAGAAGAUGUAUUCUCAGAUGCCCAGCCUCUACCAGCUGAUAUGAGGCAGCAGCUGGAGGGAUUAAUGUACUCUCUCUUUCAACAAAGCAUUUCUCCCUCUGAGCCACUUCACCACCAAGAUGAUAUUAAUCAGCAGCAGCAGUUAGUUUUUGAUGAGUUGUGCAAAGAUCAAAGACAAUCAGUGCAAUCGGAUCAGGGUUACAUCUCUCGAUGUUCCCCUUUGCCUUCUGAUAGCCCUGUGGAGGAGGAGGAGGAAGAGGAAGAUCAAGAACAGGAAGGCCACAAGCUAGCUGAGCACCUCUCUCCAGACAUUUUGGACAGUCUAAAAAGUCUUCAGCAGCAGCUGUUUUUCCAGAACAUUCAGCAGAACUCUGUGAGAGGUCAAAUGGGAGAGAGGAUGGGGAUGCUCUAGAGACUAUUGAUCUCCACCCAGGUCCUGUUCUGUGUUUGCCAAAAAAGGGACUGUAGGUGGGGAUGCAAACAUUGUACAUGCUCUCAUGCAUCCUUAUAGCGCACACUUUUUUUUUAGAGGUCUAAUGAGUUGGAGAUCCACUUUGCAGCUGGGCUAGCUUGUCUCUGUUUACAGUAUCUUCUGGAACACUGUUGUGCUCCUUCAGUCUAAUUCUAGAACUGUUAAUAUUCUACAUAUUGCUACAACAAGCUGCACAUCUUGACACCAUAAGAAUGGCUUCAGUAUCUAUCAAAUGAAUGAUCAAUAUUUGCCUGGAAAUCUCCCAGUAGUGGCCUGCACCCUCUAUUACAGAGGUUAGAGUUCAAGAACACAGGGCAAUAUUGGCACAAUCUACUCUUCAGAACAAAUAUAUUUAUGUUGUCAAGUCAAAAUUAUUGUAAGGUAGAAACUUAAGAAAAGCCCUCCUGGAUCAGAACAGUCAUCCAUCUAGCCCACCAUUCUGUUUCCCAUGGUCGGUUAGCCAGAUGUUUCCAGAAAGCCUACAAAUCAGGUACAGUCAUCUUUCGCCAACCGCAGGUUUCCCAAUCACGGUUUUGAGUAUCCGCAACUGGGAAACAGUGUUCCUUCUAAGGCAUGCGCACGUGUGCGUGCUCACAAGUUUUUUGAUGUCCACUCAGUUAAUUUUAGAUGCUGCUCAGGUUGAAUCAGGAAGGCCCCACACUGAAUGCAUGUGCGCGCACACUGGCUUGAUAUUGCCACCCAGAACAAAACACAUUCCACACACAGGUGAAGAAAAUUAGAGAGAACACUGCUGGGAAAUUGUGGCAGGUCUCGCCAACCGUGACCUGAGUAUCUGUGGUUUGGUGAGAUUUUUGGCAAUUUGGGAGGGUUCGUGAUUGGGGCGGCAGGGGUGAUUUUGGGGGGUUCCCCUUCACUCCUCUUACUGACUCAUGGGGAUUUUGAAGGUUUCUUUCUAUAUUCUACUGUAUUUUGUGAUCCUUCCAUGACUGCUAUUCCCCUAACUCCCUGCUUGCCAUUUCUUUCAAUGGCUCGCCAACCACGAGGUUUUUCAGGAACGGAAGCCUUGCGGGUGGUGAGGGAUGACUGUAUCAAAGCCCACAUGCUUUUAUCUUUCCUCGUAGGGCUCCAACUUCUUCAUCAUUUUGGUUUUCCUUUUCCAGCUCUACAAUGUCCUUAUUGAGAUGAGGCAAUCGGAACUGUACAUAGUAUUUCCAGUGUAGCCAUUCUAUAGACUUCUAUAAAGGCAUUAUAAUUCUGGCAACUUUCUUUCCUAAUAAUCCCUAAAAUCAAACUUCCCUCUUUUAUUGCUGCCACCCACUGAGUUGAUGUUUUAAUUGAGCUAUCCACCACAAGAUCUUUUCCCUAGUUAGUCUUCACCAGUUCAGAUCCCAUCAGUGAAUAUGUGAAAUUACAAAUGGCUUCCCCAAUGUCCAUCACUUUACACUUCGUUACUUUGAACCUCAUUUGCGAUUUAGUUGCCCACUCACUCAGUUUGAGCAGAUGAUUUUGGCACUUUUCACAGCCCACCUGGGUUUUCACCCUCUUGAAUAAAUUAGUAUCUCCUACAAACUUGGCCACCCCAGUGUUCACGCCAGCUCCAGAACACUUAUGAACUCUAGAUCAUUUUUAAAUUAUUAAGACAAAUGGUUCACAGCAAGACAAAUGUGUUGGGUCUUGCUCCUUAAGCAAGCACUGUAGGCUAUUUUAAAUUUGAGGUCAAUAAAGUAAAAUGCUUUUGGAUUGAUUGGAAGUCCUGCAUUAAAUAAUUACUCUGCUUAGUUACAAAUGCUGCAGUAAUCCAUUCCUUCCCAUACCAUAAACAACCCCAGCAGUAUUGCAUGGUUAGGAAUUUUCCAGCAAAUUGCAAAUAAAUUUGCAGCCUCUCUCUAUAUUCAAGUUGCAAGUAGUGGAAAAUCAAAAUGACUUGAGCACAUUUGUGAAUGCAUCUGGUAUUGGUAAUGAAGGAUUAUUUCUCCUUGUAUAAUACUAGGAGAAGAAGCCUUGAGAAUCUACCUCCAAUCGAAAUCAUUUUUUAAAAGAGAGAGAGGCAGAAGCAGAGAGGUUUGUUGGACCCAGAUCUGGGAAAUUGCAGCUGAGGUGCUCAUCUUUUGGUUUCUGAUUCUAAUAGUGUGCCUUUGAAGCCACCACAGGGAUGCUGUUUCAGAACCAUCUCUAGAGCAAAAGGAAUGUGCAUGCUGCCCAGUGACACAACCAAGGGGGCUGUUUAUUAGGCAGCCCCCCUGCAGUAUGGAUUGCUGUGAGUUUCCCAUUUAUGCAUCACAGCUGCUGACUCCUUGACACAAACCAAGACCCAGGCAAAUGGAAGUGAAGAGGAGAGUGAGUUGGAGAGCUCUUUGCCAUAUCUUGGCUAGUCCAGGAAUUAUUCCAUGGGCAGAGCCAACGCGGCUGGUCUUUCAACUGCUACUUGGUUCAAAACAUGGCUGUUUCAAAAUGAGUUGUAGACCAAGGACUGCGGAAAGAUCUGGUGCAAUUUAACACAUAUAGAUGUUGCAUAGAAGAGAUGAGGAGGGGAUUACAGCUGACAAAUGCUGGGUAUUAAGGAUGGCUUAAAUCUCUGCAUCGCCUGACAUUUAGGCAAUGAUCUGCCAUAUACUGUAUGAGCAAAGAAUUUGGAUAAAAAGCCAUUUCCAUAAGAACUGAAAGGUUAUUAAAAAAACAUCUAUGUACCCUGGUAACUAAUUCAGCCCAAACAACUGAGCAGCCGCUCCUGAAGGAGGGAGGAGUAAUUUCCAAACAGGUUAGUUCCUUUUAUUUCUCCAUACCCCAUCAGGUCUGCUGUCUUAGUAAUUGCACCAGCAUGUUAAAAAGAACAGGCUCUGAUGCUUGUUCUACUUGAGGAUCUCAGGAGUUUCUGUUGAGGUACAUGGUUCAUCCCAUGGAAGCAGAUUCAACCUGGAUCUUUUUUGUCUGCCUCUUCUAGUGGUAGCUUUUAAUAUUUCUUGAUUAUGCAAGCCAAAUAUGUAAUAUUUUUGUAACUGUUUCUCUGGCACUUUCCUAAAUAUUUGUAAUUAAAGAAAAUAUUUUUAAAUAUCCUGUGCACCAAUAAAGUUGUGUGUGUGCUGUUUUCAA